CGGCGCUGCGCAGGAACCGCUUUGGACCGUGGGGGUGCACAAGCCUCCCGCCUCCCGUUGUUCCCUUGCUCGCCCUCUGCUGCCACCUCCGGAGGCCCAGCUCAGCUUGGUUUGGAGGCGCAGGAGAACAGCUCCCCGUUUCCACCCAACUGCUAACGUUACACCUUCAAAACAAGGAGCGUAUAUCGGAGGAAGAAGAUGGUUCUUUCCGAAGUGGAAAUCACAAAACCUGAUUCAGCUUCUGCAACCACCCGUGUAUUGCUAAAUGGAGAUAUUAGUAUGGCUGUGGAAACUCAGGCCUUGGGGGCCGAGAACAACCUGUGCAGCAUGUACGAGGAGAAGGUGCGCCCCUGCAUCGACCUCAUCGACUCCCUGAGGGCCCUGGGUGUGGAGCAGGACCUGGCCCUUCCAGCCAUCGCCGUCAUCGGGGACCAGAGCUCGGGCAAGAGCUCCGUGCUGGAGGCGCUGUCAGGAGUUGCCCUUCCCAGAGGCACUGGAAUUGUGACAAGAUGUCCUCUGGUGCUGAAACUGAAAAAACUCGUCAAUGAAGAUGAGUGGAGAGGCAAGGUCAGUUACCAGGACAUCGAGAUGGAGAUUUCUGAUGCUUCGGAGGUGGAAAAGGAAGUCAGUAAAGCCCAGAACGUCAUCGCUGGGGAAGGGAUGGGGAUCAGUCACGAGCUAAUCAGCCUGGAGAUCAGCUCCCCCCACGUCCCGGACCUGACUCUCAUAGACCUUCCCGGCAUCACCAGGGUGGCCGUAGGCAAUCAGCCUGCUGACAUCGGGCGCCAGAUCAAGGCUCUCAUCAAGAAAUACAUCAACAAGCAGGAGACAAUCAACUUGGUGGUGGUCCCCAGUAAUGUGGACAUCGCCACCACGGAGGCGCUGAGCAUGGCUCAGGAGGUGGACCCCGAAGGGGACAGGACCAUAGGAAUCUUGACAAAGCCUGAUUUGGUGGACAGAGGUACGGAAGACAAGGUGGUAGACGUGGUACGAAACCUCGUGUGCCACCUGAAGAAGGGCUACAUGAUCGUCAAGUGCCGGGGCCAGCAGGACAUCCAGGACCGGCUGAGCCUGGCCGAGGCCCUGCAGAGAGAGAAGGCCUUCUUCGAGGACCACCCGCAUUUCAGGAAUCUUCUGGAGGAAGGAAGGGCCACUGUUCCCUGCCUGGCAGAAAGACUGACCACGGAGCUCAUCAUUCACAUCUCCAAAUCGCUGCCUUUGUUAGAAAAUCAAAUUAAGGAAAGUCACCAGAAAAUAACAGAGGAGUUACAAAAGUAUGGUGUGGACAUACCAGAAGAAGAGAAUGAGAAAAUGUUCUUCUUGAUAGAUAAAAUUAAUGCAUUUAACCAGGACAUCCUUGCUUUGAUACAAGGGGAGGAAAUUGUCGGGGAGGAGGACACUCGGCUGUUUACCAAGCUCCGAAAGGAGUUCUGCAAAUGGAGUGUUUUAAUUGAAGAGAAUUUCCAGAAAAGUUAUGAAAUUAUAAGUAGACAGGUCUGGAAAUUCGAAUGUCAGUUUCGUGGCAGAGAGCUGCCAGGAUUUGUGAAUUACAAGACGUUUGAGACUAUCGUCAAACAGCAAAUCAGAACCCUGGAAGAGCCGGCCGUCGAUAUGCUGCACAAGGUGACUGAUAUAGUCCGGAUGGCUUUCUCAGAUGUUUCGAUAAAGAAUUUUGAAGAAUUUUUUAACCUCCACAGAACUGCCAAGUCCAAAAUCGAAGACAUCAGACUAGAAAAGGAGAAGGAAGCUGAGAAGUCGAUCCGACUUCACUUCCAGAUGGAGCAGAUCGUCUACUGCCAGGACCAGGUUUACAGGGGUGCGUUGCAGAAGGUCCGCGAGGAGGAGGUGGAAGAAGAGAAAACUAAAAAAUCCGUCAAUUUCUUCCCUCUGCAACAUUCGCAAAAUUCCAAAGACUCUUCCAUGGCUGAGAUCUUUCAGCACCUGAUGGCCUACCACCAGGAGGUCAGCAAGCGCAUCUCCAACCACAUCCCCCUCACCAUCCAGUACUUCGUCCUGCAGAUGUACGGCCAGGAUCUGCAGAAGGGCAUGCUGCAGCUCCUGCAGGACAAGGACAGCUACAGCUGGCUCCUGAAGGAACGGAGCGACACCAGCGACAAGAGGAAGUUCCUGAAGGAGCGGUUAGCACGGCUGGCGCAGGCCAGGCGCCGGCUGGCCAAAUUCCCCGGUUAAUCGAGCUCUGUAUCUGGCCCUGUAGACACGCCUUUCCCCAUAGCUGCACCCUUAUCAUUCAGCCGCUGAACAAACACUGUGUUUGAGCGCUCUCUGGCCAGACCCGACAGUCACGGUCUCUGCUUAUCCGUCAGCUGAUGAGGACUUGGUAAGAAUCUCUGGUGGCACUCUGAUCUCCAGCACUAAGACGGAAGCCCUGCCUGCAGACGCACCGGAUCCGGAUGGGGUGAAUGAUGCCACUUUCCCGACUGGAGAAAAUAUUUUCAACCCUUAGAAUCACUCUUCCUCUCUGAACUCUCCUCUCUAAUUUAUUAGAAACCCAUGCAUGCUAACCAUCCUAGAAGGGUUAUUUCCCGGUUUUUGUAACAUCCUUUCAGGAACCCAGUGUUUUCGGAGCAUCAGUACCACCUGUGUAUGCUUCUAGGAGUCGCACUGUUUGUAAUAAACUCAU